AUGAGCCUCUCGGAUUCCUCCCUAGAAGAGCUCGAAAUGGCCGCUGAAGAGGUGUCCAACACCAGGGUUCUGUUUCCCACCAGUGGUAAUGUAGAAAGCGACAGAGAAAGAUCCCUCGUGGGUUCUAAGAAGGGUGGAACCGUGGAUCCAAGUCCACGUGCCCAUGGGGGUGGAACCGUGGAAGCACGUCCACGUGCCCCACUUAAGAAGGGUGGAACGGUGGAACUCUCUUCCCGGCACAGACUAGGCUCGAUGCCAUGUCAGACUCAAGGGAGCGUCGGCAAAGGGCUACCAGCCCCUAGUCACAAGAGACAGUGUAGUCCGACCCCGUCGGACUCUCGAUUUCAUCUGACCCCAUCAAGUUCGGCUGACCUCUCUUCUCGGUCGGUGAGCGCUCCCCGGGGGAGAGCUAAGGUGAAGAGAUCAAGGCCCGCCCAGACUCUUGUCCCUUCUUCUGCUCUGCCGUCGGACCUGCUUAAGAAGAAGAAGAAAUCCGCGGCCGUAAGCGCCGGUCCCCCUUUUAAUUCUUCUGCUGAUGGCCAGGCCUCACAACUACUUAAGUUGCUUCAGAGCACCUUCGAGCACUGCGGAUUGUUACCCCCGGGCUCGUCUGCUUCAGCUGACGGUGCUACCAACCGAGCGGAUCAAGCAGACAUCGGCCAUCCGACACCUCGAGGCGCCUCUAGCGAUUCUUACGAAUCGCCGGCUCUUGAACCCACUCAGGCUUCGCCCGUGAGCAUCCAGGCUCGGCCGACUUCGGGGGUCCGCCCCCGCGAGUCCGGCCAUGGCCCGCACCAUCGCUCAAGCCUUUCACGGGCGCCUGCUCCCUCAGGGCUCCGCCCGGUGAGGAGACGGGGGUUGGUUCCCCCCUCUGGAGGCGGAACAGGCGUUAUCGGAGGAUGA